AUGCAUACACAAUUAUACAAUGUAUUACCACCUGGGACAAUUACUCAGUCACAAUCACAAUUAAGAUCACAAACUUCCCAUGUAUCCAGUACUCCAUUGAUCUACUCCCAGUAUUAUCCAAGUGAUUCAGCGUUACAAGCACCGGCACCCCCACCACCACCUAGUCAACAUCAGCACAAUCAUUUACAACAACAACACUUAUCUCAGAAUACAAGAACAACAUCAGUAGUUCAACAAUGCUUAGAUUCUGCAUCUUUAACAUGCCAUCAAACGAAUAAUGUAUCAAAUAUUGGCGAUUAUCGAUCAUUAAAUGAAUCUAAAAAUGUAAAUGAUAUUGGCAAUAAUUCCUUCUCAGCCAUUACACCCUAUUCAUCCAGUUCGCCUCCACCAUCCAGUGUAAUGGCUGAUACCCCCUCGCCUAUAAUAACAAUGGAAUCGAUUACCGCCAGUCAGCUAAAACUUUUAUAUCCUCAACGGUAUACUUCAUCACCUGGAAUAAAUGAAGAGUUAGGCGAAAGUUCAAUUCCUGUGACUACAUGUGAUACUUCUAUAUCAAAUAUAUGGCCACAGCCAAUGAACAGUAUACAAUAUUCAUCAAAUUUUUUAUCUUCAUAUCCUACAAGUAUGGCAGCAAUGGCUGCAGCUGCUUCAUGUUAUCCUCUACCAUAUGGUUCUACACAUCCACCAUCUUUAUCCCCUGGUUCAACAACGAAUACAGCUCAACUUUAUCGUUAUUUAAAUGAUAAACAGUUAACCACGUAA